AAAGAGGUGAAUGAGAACAUUCUCCCUUUUUUUUUCUUCUUCCGAGUCAAAGAUCUUUCCACCAUUAAUGUUCAGCAUCAGCUUGUCCGAAUCAUAAAGAAUCCCAUAUUUCAACAUCUGAAGUUGGGUUCUGCAAUCUCUUGAGGCAGUUGCAGUGAUAAUGGAAAUCAAAACUUCCAUGGAAGAAGGUUUGUGAAAGCGAGAGAGAGAGAGAGAGAGAGAGAGAGAGAGAGAGAGAGAGAGAGAGAAGAAUAGAUCGAUGAAGGAGAUGUUUGGAAGCCCAGGGAAGGUGAGUGGGUUGGCACUGAGAAUAGGGCAGUGCUCUUUCGCCGCUGCUUCCAUUGGGACCAUGAUUUCUGCUCCUGGCUUCUUCAACUCCACUGCCUUCUGCUAUUUAAUUGCAUCAAUGGGGCUUCAAGUUCUUUGGAGCUUUGGACUUGCUUGCCUUGAUUUGCAUGCUUUGAGAUCAAAGAGAAGUUUGCAUAAUCCUGUUCUAGUGAGCCUCUUCGUUGUUGGUGACUGGGUUACUGCCAUACUCUCACUUGGAGCUGCUUGCUCAUCAGCUGGGGUGACCGUUCUCUAUUCGAAAGAUUUGGGUUACUGUAAUUCACCGCCUCAUCUUCCAUGUAGCACGUUCCAAAUUUCUGUAGCCUUGGCUUUUAUCUCAUGGUUCCUCCUUGCUGUUUCAUCCCUUGUCAUGUUCUGGCUGUUGGGUGCCGUAUGAACAACAAUCACUCCAACACAAACUGCCCCCUCUAGACUUCUCAUGUAAUUAAAAUUACAUUUGAAAUACAUCAGUUUUGAUGAGAAUAUCUUAAAUCUUUGGUACAUCAUCGUCGCUGUUAUUUAUUACUGACUUCAUAGGUUGUAGAUCAGUCCCAUUUUCUCAACUUAGCUGCUUCAUUUACAUUGGCUGAUAUAUUAUGAUUUAUGGUCUAUCAAAGACUGGGAACCUGUCUAAAAGAACUCAAUCAAAUAAGGUA